AUGAGUGAAACAGCUGUUGCUAGCAGAGAACCGACGGCCUUCGACGCGGUGCUCGACACUGGCCACACCGCCCCCGUCACCGACACGGCUGUCGAUGCGAUCGGCAAACACGUCGCGUCGGGCAGCGAGGACGGCACCAUCCGCAUCUUCACAGCCGACGAGUCGGCGCCCAACAAGUGGCGGCUGCUGACGGUGUUGGAAGGCCACGCCGGCCCCGUUGCGUGCGUUGCGUGGGCCCCGCCGGUGCAGGACGCGGCCGCGCUGCUCUCCUGCGGGGCGGACUGCCACGUGAUUGUCUGGCGCGACUGCGGGGCGGCGGGCGGCGGGUGGGCGAAGACGUACGCGUCGGCCCUCCAAUCGGCGCCGUGGUGUUGUGCGUGGGCGCCGGCGGAGUACGGCAGGCGUUUCGCGGUUGGGUGCGCAGGAGGGGCCGUUGUCGUGUUUAACGCACACGAUCAGCAGUGGAACCGUGAAGAGUUCACCGCACAUCCGAAUGGAUGCUGUUCACUCGCGUGGGCCCCAGCACUGCUCCCCGGCGCCCUUCUCACAACACCACUCGAGGCGGAAGUUCAGUCAAAAGGUCCGGGCGGAAUGCCCAUUGCCGUUCCACGUAUCGUCACAUGUGGAGGCGGACGCGAUGUGAGUGUGUGGACACACAAAUCCACUGGUAACGGCGGUAGUGAAUGGAUACAGCAGUUGUUGCCGGUUGAUGUAGAAGCCUCAUGGCGCGAGGUGGCGUGGGCUCCAACGGCAGGGAUGCCAUUCACUUAUAUUGCGGCAGGAUCAGAUGAAGGAUUCGUUGUGGUAUGGUCGCAGGAUGGACCUGCGCGGGGGGAGUGGAAUCAUAUGUUAUUACCACAACAGGAAGACGCCGUUACACAUCUUUCGUGGUCGCAUGUGGGAACUUUUUUGCUUGUUUCGUGUGCAAAUGGUACGGCUAGCAUGUGGCAGGAGUCGUCAUUGCCACAAGGUGGAUGGGUGCGGAUGUGCGAACUUGAGCCACCCAUUUCGGAAUAG